AUGGCUUCCGACCUUGAUCAGCUCAUUGAGAUGGGCUUUGACAAAGAGCGGGCUGAGUUAGCUGUUGCCAAGGCUGGUGGAUUGCAAGGAGCACUGGAAUGGCUCGAAACAAACCAGGAUAAAUCGCUAGAAGAGAUCAAGGCCGAACAUGCGGGAGAAGAAGACGAGGAAGCUCCGGCUUUGAAGCCAGGCGAGGAAGCUCGAAGCUUAGUUUGCAACGACUGUGGCAAGCAAUUCCGAAGCCAGGCACAAGCCGAAUUCCACGCGUCCAAGUCCCAGCAUGUCGACUUCUCCGAGUCGACCGAAGACAUCGCUCCGUUGACCGAAGAGCAGAAGAAAGAAAGGCUCAAUGAUCUGAGGGAGAAGCUCGCAGCAAAGCGAGCGGUGCAAUCGGAACAGGAUAAGGUGGACCAGAAGAAAAACGAAGAAAUCCGCAGAAAGAGCAAUAAGGAAAACCAGGAUGCGAAGGAAGAGCUGGAGCGAAAGCAGCAGGCGAAGGAAACGGCAGCUAAGAAGAAGGAGAAGCAGGAUGAGAUUGACGCUAAAAAGCGCAUCAGGGCUAAAAUCGAGGCGGACAAAGAAGAGCGCCGCCGGAAGGCUGAGCUUGAGCGUGCGGCGCGUGCUGGCGUGGCCCCUCCAGCGCCUGCUGCUGCCCCAGCCCCUAUCACCUCUGGCCCGGUUGCAUCGAAGCCUGCAUCCGCAUAUACUGAGACUCGUCUGCGAUUCCAAACAGCCAAUGGAAACGUCAUGAAAACACUCCCUGUGGAGACUACUUUGUUCGAAGUUGCUGCAGCACUGAAAUCAGAGGAUGGGAUCGAGGUUCAGAGCUUCACACAGAACUUCCCAAGAAAGGUCUUCGGUGCUGAAUUCUUUGGGGAAACGCUGAAGGAGCUGGGACUGACCCCAAGUGCCAGUUUAGUUGUUCAAUGA